UUCUGUUUUGUGGAGAUACAUAUGCACACAUAUACAUAUAUACACUUAUAUAUGCAUACAUAUACACACAUUCCACAUAUAUCCAUACAUAUAAGUAAAUAUAUUGUGGCAAAGUCUGCAUAACACUUUUAAUUACUGUAAGCGUGCACUGUAGUAGUGUUAAAUAUAUUGACUGUAUUUUUCAACUAUCCCCAUUAUCUAUACCCCUACCUAUAUCAUCAUUCCCCGACGUGAACUCUGUACCUACUGAACAAUAACUUUUAACUUCCUCAGCUCUUGGUAACCUCCAUUCUACCUUCUGUGCCUGGGGAUUUGCCUACUCUACACAGAUAUCCUAAGUGGGAUCAUAUGCUAUUUCUCACCUGUGUCUAGCUUAUUUCAUUUAAUACAAUGUAUUCAGAUUCAUCCAUAUUAUAGAACAUAUCAAACUUUUAUAUCUUUAUGGCCAAAUAAUAUUCUAUUGCAUGUUUAUACCCACACAUCUCCUAGCUCCUGGUCUGCUGGCUUCAGUUUCUGAGUGACAGUGGGAUUUCUGGGAGCAGAAAGUUGUCCACUCUUUUGGAAAAAAGCCCCAAAUGUAUAUUACUAACUUCCCAGUUACAGAGAGGAUUCUGGAACAAGGACCACCCAGAGGGAGGGGCCUGAUCUCAUACUGUUUUGAGUUUGGCACACAUGUUCUAAGAACUUCCGCUCAAAAGCUUCCCAGAAACUGGAUCAAAGCACCCCUUAGUUUACGUACUCUGAGGGCAAGCUGUAUUUCCGGCUGACGUCUGUGGGGACCGAAAGAGGAGACAACAUUGCAGGAUAAGGUAGCUGCCAAGAUGCUCCAUUUGCGAAGUUCACAGAUGCUGCAGAUGUUGGAGAAGUCCUUAAGGAAACACCUUCCCGAGUCCUUAAAGGUUUAUGGGACUGUCUUCCACAUGAAUCAGGGAAACCCAUUCAAGCUCAAGGCUCUGGUGGACAAGUGGCCUGAUUUUAACACAGUGAUUGUCCGUCCUCAGGAGCAGGAGAUGACAGAUGACUUUGAUCCCCAUGUCAACACUUACCAGAUCUAUUCUAAGGAUCCUAAGAACUGUUUGGAGUGCCUUGGCACACCAGAGACCAUCAACUGGAAACAACAUCUGCAGGUUCAAAGUUCACAAUCCAGCCUGAAUGAAGCAAUAAUGGGCAUUACAGCUGCUAAGCUGGUCAAAGUCAAGAGAACACAAUGUAUUCUUUACAUUAUGCCCCAGACAGCAAAGAAACUGGUUCCUUUCCUGAUGGAGGACACAGAGAAUUUACAUCAUCAAUCUGGCAGACCUCGGGCCAUCAACCACGAGAUGUUUAAACUCUCAUCCCUGGAUGUCACCCAUGCUGCUUUGGUGGAUAAGUUCUGGCAUUUUGGUGGCAACGAGAAGAGCCAGAGAUUCAUUGAGCGCUGUAUCCAGACCUUUCCUAGCUCAUGUCUCCUGGGACCUGAAGGGACCCCUGUCUCCUGGGCUCUGAUGGACCAAACUGGAGAAAUGCGAAUGGCAGGCACUGUGCCUGAUUACCGGGCACAAGGUCUCAUCUCCUACGUCAUUCAUACGCAGACCCUGGUUAUGGAAGAACGUGGCUACCCUGUGUAUAAUCACAUGGACAGAGCCAACAAACUCAUGCAGAAAAUGAGCCACACUCUGCAGCACGUCCCUAUGCCCUGUGACUGGAACCAGUGGAAUUGUGUACCUCUGUAACUCUGGUGCGGAACAUGUGGCUGUGUUGGAUAAGCAACAAUAAAGCUGGAGGGGAGAAUGGUGCACAAAGAGGAAAUACAAACUGUAAUAAAGAAUAAAGGAGUGGGCACUGGGCUCUGGGGAAGCAGUAUGAACGGGCAACAGUUUGCCACAGUUCCCACCCUUACAUUGCCUUUCAGAUCCAGCAGAUGAAGCAUGGGCAGACCUCUCCACUGAGCCACUGACUUUGUUCAGUUUUCUACACUCUGAAUGUCAGUGACACUUCUCUUCAGCUGCACAUCACCAUCCUCUUGUGGACUGUUGUCCGCGAUCUCUCCUGUCAGGGUAUGGUGCUGACUUGUGGAUAGCGCACACUUUUCUCUCACUUUUUCCUUUACUUAGGAGCUAGAGUGCUCUUCAUCAAUAGGUGCUUUGGACUGAUCACUUCACAGAUAGACCUGUGUUUUCUGUUCAAUAACCAUGAUAAAUAUUUCAUAAGUGAAUAUAUGAUAGUACAUGGUAUGGUAUCUGAAAGACAAAUUUUUUUAGCAAGUGCCAAAUACUCUUUAUUUGCUAUUAUACACAGAGCACAGUAAGUGCUUUUCAGUGGUGAAAGGAAGCAUCCUUUGACUUAGGAAAUUCUAAUUAAAACGUCAUUGAAACAAGAAUAGACAGCUGCUUCCUGACAUCUGGCCAUUGCCUGUAACAGGCCAUUGAGUACAAAGUGAAACACAGGCGAAUCUUCUUGUUUCUGAGAUGUUGACAGAAUUUCCCCAGUGUUUAAACAUAGUCAUAUGCCCAGCUAUAUAAAUUUCAGUAUAAAAAUAUUCAGUAGAUUUGAGGUGACACUCCCAUUUUUGUGGAAAGUAGAUCUUUAAUAAUUUAGUCCAAUCUUACUUUGAGAAAGGGAAAGCAAUGAUAGUGUUUAUGCAACUGGAAUUGUCAUUUUUAUAAAAGAUCAUAUUCACUUUUCUAUAAGUCAGUUUCACUUAAAUCAGGACUGUCCAACAAAAUAUUGUUAGCCAUUUAUGAUCUGAAUUUUGGUUAUGAAUUAAAUUACGGUACACAUUAAAAGUCAUGAGAUGAGA